AUGUUGGGAGGCCUCAUGAUACCUUCAAACAAUAUUGAAGAUUUUAAUAAGCAUGUAAAAUUUGAGCUAUAUCCCAGAGAAAGACAGUGGCACAAGAACUCGGUGGAGAAACUUGUCAUAUUUGAACAACAGGCCUGUAUAUCUUUGGGAUCAAGAACUCGAGCCAUUGGAAAUGCAGCUAAGAGCCAGAUAGUCACGAAUGUAAGAAAUACAAUUCAUGGCUUCAAAAAGCUUCACGGGCGAUCAUUUGAUGAUCCCAUUGUGCAAACCGAAAGGAUCAGGCUUCCUUAUGAACUGCAGAAGAUGCCUAAUGGAAGUGCAGGAGUUAAGGUGCGGUACCUAGAAGAAGAGAGACCUUUUGCAAUUGAGCAAGUAACUGGAAUGCUGUUGGCUAAACUUAAAGAGACUUCAGAAAAUGCUUUGAAGAAACCAGUGGCCGACUGUGUGAUUUCAAUUCCUAGCUUUUUCACUGAUGCUGAGAGAAGAUCUGUGAUGGCUGCAGCCCAGGUUGCAGGUUUAAAUUGUUUGAGGUUGAUGAAUGAAACUACUGCAGUCGCGCUAGCAUAUGGAAUUUAUAAACAGGAUCUUCCCCCAUUAGAUGAGAAACCAAGAAAUGUAAUAUUUAUUGAUAUGGGACAUUCUGCUUACCAGGUCUCAGUUUGUGCUUUUAACAAAGGAAAACUUAAAGUCUUGGCUACCACCUUUGAUCCAUAUUUGGGUGGCAGGAACUUUGAUGAGGCUUUAGUAGACUACUUCUGUGAGGAGUUCAAGACCAAAUACAAGAUAAAUGUGAAAGAAAAUUCUCGGGCCUUGUUGCGUUUAUAUCAGGAAUGUGAAAAACUGAAGAAGCUAAUGAGUGCAAAUGCAUCAGAUCUUCCACUGAACAUUGAGUGUUUCAUGAAUGACCUUGAUGUUUCUAGUAAAAUGAACAGGGCCCAAUUUGAACAAUUAUGUGCUUCCCUCUUCACCAGGGUUGAGCCACCAUUAAAAGCAGUAAUGGAACAAGCUAACUUGCAACGUGAAGACAUAAGUAGUAUAGAAAUUGUAGGGGGAGCAACUCGAAUUCCUGCAGUGAAAGAACAAAUCACUAAAUUUUUUCUUAAAGACAUAAGUACCACAUUAAAUGCUGAUGAAGCUGUUGCAAGAGGAUGUGCAUUACAGUGUGCGAUUCUCUCACCAGCAUUUAAAGUGCGUGAAUUUUCUAUAACAGACCUUGUUCCCUAUUCAAUCACAUUAAGAUGGAAGACCUCUUUUGAAGAUGGAACUGGGGAAUGUGAAGUAUUCUGUAAGAACCAUCCUGCCCCAUUUUCAAAAGUCAUUACUUUCCACAAGAAGGAACCAUUUGAACUAGAAGCAUUUUAUACUAAUUUACAUGAAGUGCCUUAUCCUGAUCCAAGAAUUGGGAGCUUCACUAUUCAGAAUGUUUUUCCUCAGUCUGAUGGUGAUAGUUCCAAAGUGAAGGUUAAAGUUCGUGUUAACAUCCAUGGAAUCUUCAGUGUGGCCAGUGCAUCGGUAAUUGAGAAGCAAAAUGUGGAAGGGGAUCACAGUGAUGCUCCUAUGGAGACAGAAACUUCAUUCAAGAAUGAAAGCAAAGAUGAUGUGGAUAAAAUGCAAGUUGACCAAGAAGAAGGAGGGCAUCAAAAAUGUCAUGCUGAACACACCCCAGAAGAGGAAAUCGAUCAUACAGGAACCAAAACAAAGUCAGCUCCCUCAGACAAACAAGAUCGAUUAAACCAGACUAUUAAAAAAGGAAAAGUCAAGAGUAUUGAUCUGCCUAUACAGAGUAGCCUGUGUAGACAAUUGGGCCAAGAUCUUCUCAACAGCUACAUUGAAAAUGAGGGGAAGAUGAUAAUGCAAGAUAAAUUAGAGAAAGAAAGAAAUGAUGCUAAGAAUGCCGUUGAAGAAUAUGUAUAUGAUUUUAGAGACAAGCUGGGUACAGUCUAUGAAAAAUUCAUCACUCAAGAAGACUUGAAUAAACUGUCUGCAAUAUUGGAAGACACAGAAAAUUGGCUUUAUGAAGAAGGAGAAGACCAACCUAAACAAAUUUAUGUGGAUAAGCUUCAAGAACUUAAGAAAUAUGGCCAGCCUAUUCAGAUGAGGUACAUGGAACAUGAAGAGAGACCAAAAGCUUUAAACGACUUGGGAAAAAAGAUUCAACUUGUUAUGAAAGUGAUAGAAGCAUACAGAAACAAGGAUGAAAGAUACGAUCAUUUGGAUCCUGCUGAUGUGGAAAAAGUUGAAAAAUAUAUCAGUGAAGCCAUGAGUUGGCUGAACAGUAAGAUGAAUGCACAGAACAAACUAAGUCUCACUCAAGAUCCUGUGGUGAAAGUUUCAGAAAUAGUUGCGAAGUCAAAGGAACUGGAUAAUUUCUGUAACCCCAUCAUUUACAAGCCCAAACCGAAAGUAGAGGUUGCUGAAGACAAAGCAAAAGCUAAUAGUGAACACAAUGGACCAAUGGAUGGACAGAGUGGGACUGAAACUAAACCAGAUACAACAAAAGACAGCUCCCAGCAUACUAAAUCUUCUGGAGAGAUGGAAGUGGACUAAGUCUUAAAUUUACCUUCACAUAAUUCAAACAGUGCAAGCAACCACAAGGUCCAUUCUUCCUUUUACAUGUGGUACACACAACAUAUGUUCAGUUGUUCUUUAACAACUUUUUGUCAUUUGUUUUUUGGAGUAGUUUUGAAAAGUGUUUUAUAUUGAGUGCACCUCUGUUCAUUUCCAUUGCUGCUUAUGUGAAGCUUUAGCUGAGUAUAGAUUACAAGUCAGUUUUAGCUUUCCUAAUACAUGUUAUAUCAAACAUGCGAGACUGAUACGUAUUUGGCAACAAUCUACCUUAUUUAAAGCUUCUACUUGGAUAAACCUCAGCUCCUGUAUUCAGGAGAGGAUAUUGUAUUGCACUAUUGUUGCAGAAGCAUAGAUUUAAUUGCAUCAUCAUUUUGAAAAACAUUGAAAUUGAUGUGGUUUAAAGCCACUGAGGCACUGACUUUUUUUCUAGUUAUUGUAGUUAGAAUUUAAAUAUGAAAACAAAUAAUCUCAUUGGUUGUGCCAUGAGAGCUCCGAAGUAUUGUCAUCACAUAAAUGAAAUAAAUCACAUGUUGAAAGGGAAAACACAAUUUUUAUGUUACGGUGACACCAGCAGUUUGCAUCUUUUAUUAGUAAUGUGGAUUGAUGUUUUCUCAGAGUAAUUCAGUGUCAUUUUCACUUGAAACUUCUGAUCUACUUGUCCUGAAGACCAGCUGCUGCUAAAGUAAUACUAGCCUAAAGAUAAGAAGCAUUUUUGAUGAAAAUACCUUCAUGUUAAGGGGGAAAUGCUGUUGACCUACUCAGACAUGCAUCUGUGAUGUUGAUAGCCUUGUUUCAGUUUUAAUAGUUGUUUUGGUUUUCUUAAUUGAUUUUGUUAAUAACACAGGGUAGGGAGAAAUGGCACAAUGUGUAUCGCAUAAUAUACAUUUAUCACUGAUUUACUUAAUGUUAAGAAAUAGAUAAACACUAUUAAAUAAGUGGUAAUACUUGAAAAGAAGUACUUCUACCGUAAGUCUUAGGAAAUAAUGCUUGUAAUAAACUUAACUAUGUUACAUAUCAACAGGCAAAAUAUAGAAUGUUACAUAAGUGUAAUAUGAUAUGAUGUGAUUAAAUUAUAGUUCCUGCUGUUACAUUACCUGUUCA